UCGCCCUCUCUGUCUUCCGCUCUCACCUUAUCCCCUUGCGGCAAAAACCUCCGCGCGCUCCCCAUGGCCGCCUCCCUCCCGACCACCGCCGCGGCGGCGCGCCUCGCGGCGCAGGCCUUCGCGUUCCCGUCGCUCAAGCCUCCCUCUGCCUCCGCCUUCUCCGCCCUCCCGCGUGCCGCCGCCUUCCCCUCAUUCGCCGUCGCGGCGGCGGCGCCCCCGCGCCCGCGCCCCGCGAGGCCGACGGCGGCCCGGGCCGCGGGCGACGAGAGGGAGACGAUACUGCUCCCCGGGUGCGACUACAACCACUGGCUGAUCGUCAUGGAGUUUCCCAAGGACCCCGCGCCCACACGCGAGCAGAUGAUCGAUACCUACCUCAACACCCUCGCCACCGUCCUCGGCAGCAUGGAGGAAGCCAAGAAGAACAUGUAUGCCUUCAGCACAACCACCUACACUGGGUUCCAGUGCACUGUCGACGAGGAGACAUCAGAGAAGUUCAAGGGUUUGCCCGGUGUUCUGUGGGUGCUUCCUGAUUCCUACAUUGAUGUGAAAAACAAGGACUAUGGGGGUGACAAGUACAUCAACGGUGAGAUAAUUCCCUGCACGUACCCAACCUACCAACCAAAGGAGCGGAGAACAUCCAAGUAUGAGAGUAGACGGUAUGAGAGGCGAAGAGAUGGCCCCCCAGCAGCCAGCAGGAAACCAAGGCAACAGGCUCCUCAGACUGAGUCAGCAUCUUCAUAAUGAGUUUUGCAGGCAUUUAUCCACAUACUUACUAAAACAAAAGAGCACGCCUAAUUCUGUCACUUUGGCACUUUAGCACCACACAUACAGGCAGGACAGGCAGAUCCAUCAUCAUCAUCAGCCCAAAAUGUCACGCGGUACUGUCCAAGCAGCCUGGGCAGCUUGUAUUGUAUCUGGAUCACGUGGUUGUGUGUGCUGAUAUUUUGAGCUAGGUGUGACAGAAACUGAAAACCCUACUAUUCUUCCGACUCCUAGUGAAAUGUGUGAUGCCGACUGGUCUAGCUGUAUUGCUGAUUGUGUGAAAUGUGUGGCUUUUCCCUCAGGGCAUGUUUAGUCUGAAUGAAGUUGGCAUUUAGCCAUGGGAUCAAACUCAGCAUUGUUAUGUUCCAUAUUGGAUCGCUGAAUUAAGUGAGAUUUGCAGGUCCUUUGAAUCU